AUGGCGCACACGUCCCAGGUGCUGCACAGGCAGGCAUUUCAGCUGGCUGCGGAUGCUGAUCAAGUUGCUAUGGAAGCCGACGAGAUAGCAACAUCAACUGGCCAAUGCAUUGAGAAUUUGGAGGAACUUGCAGAGCAUUUGAGGCGCUAUGUGGAUGAAGCCGCAGGUGCUCCCUUGCAGGAGUUGGACUUGGACAAACGGCAGUCAAUGUUGGACUCGAACACCGGGCAUCAAUCUGCAAGAGCUGCAGCUGACAAAGCUGGCCGCUCCACAAAUUCCCAUAAUUCCCCGAACGGCCCAACAUGGGAGGCUUUCCAUGCUGACCGACGUGCUGUUCUGAUGGAGCGAAUAGCCCUCGCUGAAGAGCGGUGCGCAGCAGCAGAAGACGAAGCAAAAGCAGUGCGGCUUGAGACCAUGAACCGGCUCGCAGAGAUGCAUCGAUGGAGUCAUGGGAGAUUUCGUGAGGGUGCAUUGGGUGCAGCCAGCGCAGCCAGCGCAGCCAGCGCGGCGAACUGGCGGUCGGAGUUCGAAGCCUUCGUUUGCAAGCAGCGGGCACAUGCCGACCAGUUAGCUUCUAGUAUGGAAGCGCAGAAUGAGACGACCGCCAAGUUAGCAGAAUCCUUAGCCUCGGCUACCUCUGCAGUCGAAGCGAGCACGCCAGAUGCCCGCAAGUACAUGCAGACCCUUCUGAGCCUGACACGAGCGCUGGCUGACUCCGAGUGCCGUCGAAGGGGCUUGUUAGUGUCACAUUGCCCUUAA